AUGACCACGCGUAAUACAGGAAAGAAAUCUCGUGGAAAGAAAGCUGGAUCCAAUACAACAACUCAAAGAAGCAAAGAAAGGACGGAAAGAGAAAGAGAAGGAAGUCAGAAGACAAUUGUGGAAGAUCCGACGAAUCUUGAAAAGAAGACGCAGAGAAAACAGAUUCUGAAAUUCGUGAAAAACACGUUGGAAAAGGGACCACCUGGUCUUCGCAACGAGUUUGGAUCGAUGAAAAGAUUCAAUGAUUUCGAGAAAAUGAAAGCGUUCAAAGGGGCACAAGAAAUGGGAAAGAAUCGAUACAAAGAUGUCGGAUGCCUCGAUAAUAAUCGUGUCAAACUCAACAAUCCACCGUGGACACACGAUUAUGUUCACGCGAAUUACGUGGCCACGCCCUCAAAUCCAAAAAGAUUCAUAUGCACACAGGCACCGUUGGAGAAGACUUGUGCUGACUUCUGGUACAUGUGCUUGCAGGAAAAGGUCGAAACCAUUUUCAUGCUAUGCAACUUGACUGAAAAAGGAGCCAAGAAAUGUUUCGAAUACUACCCAUCGAAAGAUAAAGAAUCAGUUGAAUUUGAGGAGAAAGGAGUGAAGGUUACGGUCAAACUCGAAUCCCCUAAACAGGAACAGCUGAAAUUCGACAAAAACAGUGAUGCGAAAGUGAUGGAGACCGUAUUCAUAGUGGAAGGACCAGGGGGUGCUACACAGAAAACGACUCAUUAUCAUUGGAUUGAUUGGCCAGAUCGUGGAGUUCCGACUGCUGAUAUGGCGAUUAUUGAGUUGUUGGCAAAGACUAGAGCUUCCAAAGCCCCAAUUGUUGUUCAUUGCUCGGCUGGAAUCGGUCGUACUGGAUCAGUUGUGAUGAUCGAAUACAUCAUGGAUCAACUGCUUUCUGGACAACAAAUUGAGGAGAGUGAUAAAAUAUUGCAGAAGAUUCGUGAUCAACGCAACAAUUCAAUUCAGACAGAACAACAAUAUCUGUUCGUACAUCAAGUGAUGAUGAACUAUUUCAUGGAGAAGAAACUGUUUGAUUCGGCUGUCAAAAUGGCUCAUUUGGCAUUCACAGAGCAAUAUCUGAAGAGUGUUCAUUGA